AUGCCUAUACUCAUCGAGAACUCGGUUUUGGUUUUGACGAGAUUGCUAUUAUUCUUUGGAUGUCGCAAACUACUUAUUAGAAAUCUGUAUUCUGAUUUACGACAUAUCUCCUCGACGAGUACCCAGUUUCCACCUACGCCCACGACUGCGACUGGAGCAGAAGCAGAAGACUCGGAGUAUAUUAGGCUGGAUUCGUUGCCUACGCCAGCUACACAGAACAGGGAUAACAUCAAGACUCUCACAAGACGGAGCACACUUCACUCGACAAUCUCACGAACGGUCUUUGCAUGUUGCUUCUCGGAAUGUUGCAUGUUGUUUUUGUUGCUUAUGGCCCAAGGCAUGGAGGUUUUUGAAACUCGAACACGUCUUAUGAAUUGGAAAUUCUCAAUCUCCUUUCUCCUUUUAACGGUUCUGGUGCUGACGCCGCUGUUUAUGAGCUUGGUUAUCUCCCUCAGCUCCAGUUCGUCAACCGGUGGGAGUCAGGCCCCCCGAACUCGAAUAUGUUCACCUCGACUGUUUUUGACUUUCCUACCUUUAUUCAUCUAUCUAUACAUCCUCUCGCUCAUCCCGCUUCCUCCUGGUCUCGCACCCGGAAACUCAAACUCGAACAACAAUCAUGGAGUGGACCUUUUCACAGCCACGUUAGCGCGACUCGUCGUUCUAGGAACGAUCAUUCUGGGAUUGUUAUCUGGAGUUGGAGCGGUUGCUGGGUUGGAGGAACAUAUUCCGGGGUUGUUUAAUCGGUCAAAGGGCGACCCUUCGGCUCGCGAUGUCGAACUUGCUGAGCAGGCGUUGGAGCAGGUUCGUGAGGAUUUACGGAGGAAAAGGGAGGUACGGAGGGCGAGUGCGAGUGAUCAGUCACCGACGACGAGUGGCAGCUGGAUUAGUCGAGUGGUACCCAAGUUUACUGGUGGUGACGACUUAACGCUCGAAAUCAAAGGAAUGGAAGCUCUUGAACACCAAAUGAGUCAAAGCUUGGAAGACCUUCGAAGGCGAUAUGAACGAGUGAAGUUCGCGACGACUUUCCGAGGAAGAGUGAUACGGAUUUUUGGCAAGAUUUUCGCGGCUUAUUGUUUUGUUAGGAUAAUUAGCUCGAUAAUCAACGUCGUCGUACCGAGAGCCCUCUUAGCAAUGGCGAAAACCGACAAACCGACACCACCAACGAACUAUCCGGACUUGUUGACGAAGUUGAUUGGGGACUUGUUAUCGCUUACAUCUACGAAUGUGGAUAUUGAAGAGGUGGGGAGUAUUAUGAGGCAGAUUAGUUUGGGUUUGGUGGGAGUUAUUAUUCUAAACAGUUUGAGGGUUGUGUUGAGGGGUGUAACAAGCGCGUUACGGGUAACAAGUCGAAGUCUUAGUGCAUCCCUGAUGUUACUGAUAUUAGCGCAACUCAUGGGUAUCUACCUCCUAUCAACGAUAGUCCAACUUCGCUCUUCCUUUCCUCCCCCAACUCCCCCGCCUGCUCGGACUCCCGGGGAGAUCCCAGAUCCAGGAGAAGAAGCGGUGGCAGAAGCGGUAACAAGGAAUUUGUUCUCGAUGAUACCAGAGUUUCAAGUGUUUGGGAAGCUCUUCGAUGGAUCGUUCUUGGUGGCCGCGGGGAUUUCAGGGUUUUAUAGGUGGUUUAAGGAGAGGAUUAGCGGGUCUUCGGAUGAUGUUUGGUAG